UCAACAUUGUUGUUAGUUGGGAUGUAAGUGUAUCUCCUGUUCGUCAGCCGUGCCGUCUGCGUGGUUCAUCCCCGUAAGCUCAGGGGGUUAUUCGUUGGGUUGAAGGAUCCGCCCCUACUUAUUUAUAUUUAUAUCAUCGGCUCCCUGGUCAUGGUUGUGCUCAGUCAGCGCCCCGAAACCAUGCAUAGGUUAGCUUCUCUUAUUACCGAAGCCAAUCUCAUGGCCUGGCGUGUCUGAAUGUUGUUGGGAGCGGGCUUCAUGCCGACUUGGUAUGGAGCUCAAUUCAUUCCGAGGGGAAAGACAGACAACGACCUUUGUGUGUUUGACUAACCAGAUAUCCAUGGAUAGUGGCUCACCUUUGCGCCUGUCGCCAGCCAUGCGGCGAAGUACUUCCACACCAGCGAGACCAUCGUCAACUGGCUGAGCACGGCCUUUCUGUUCGCCUUCACCUUCAUGACGCCCAUGGUGAUCUAUGUGCUCCACCUGGGACCGAAGCUGUCCAUUGUCACCGCCGCGGCACUGAUCCUGGUCGGGAACUGGAUCCGCUUCGCCGGCUCGCACUCGGGCUCGGGGGGCCUGUUUGGCGUGGUCAUGUUCGGCCAGAUCCUGACCGGCCUCGCGCAGCCGUUCGUGCUCGCCGCGCCCUCACGCUACUCGGACCUGUGGUUCAGCAACCGGGGGCGAGUGGCGGCCACGGCACUGACCAGUCUUGCCAACCCCUUUGGCGCCGCCCUGGGCCAGCUCAUCGUCCCGUUCUGGGUCGGCCAGCCCAGCGACAUCUCCCGAAUGGUGCUCUACGUGUCCAUCAUCUCCUCCGUCUGCGCCGUUCCCUCCUUCUUCAUCCCUGCCCGGCCGCCAACGCCCGUCGCGCCGUCCAGCGAAACGGCCAAGCUGUCCCUGCGCGCGUCGACGGCGAUCCUCUUCAACCACGUCGAGUUCUGGCUGCUCUUCAUCCCCUUCGCCAUCUACGUGGGGCUCUUCAACUCCACCUCGUCGCUGCUCAACCAGAUCCUGCUGCCGUACGGCUACGACGACGUCGAGGCCGGCAUCGCCGGCGCCAUCCUCAUCGUCGUCGGCCUGGUCGCCUCGGCCGUGACCAGCCCGCUCAUCGACCGCACCAAGUCGUAUCUGCUCGCCAUCCGCGUGGCCGUGCCGCUCAUCGGCCUGUGCUACCUCGUCUUCGUCUGGAUGCCCGCCACCAGAAAUGACGACGACGGCGGCGGCGUGGCGGGGCCCUACGUGGUCCUGGCCGUGCUCGGCGCCGCGUCCUUCUCGCUGCUGCCCGUUGUGGUCGAGUACCUCGUCGAGCUGACGCACCCCAUCAGUCCCGAGGUGACGUCGACGCUGGCGUGGAGCGGCGGGCAGCUGCUGGGCGGCGUGUUCAUUGUGGUUUCCGGGGCGCUGAAGGCGGAUCCGGGAGAGGGCGAUCCGCCUGCGAAUAUGCACGAUGCGCUGAUCUUCGCCGCUGUGAUGGCGCUGGCGGCCGUGCCGUUGCCGUUGUGCCUGGGCCUGUUUGGGAGGAAGGAGAACCUGCAGCUUAGGAGGGUCAGGUCGGACGAGGAGGGGAGGGUCAGCGGGGACAGCGCCGAGGAUGGCAAGUGAGUGGAUGGGUGGUGGGCCGAGUGGCAGGCCACGCACGGGUCACGCUGGGAGUUAAUGGCGUUUUUUAUUUGUCUGGGGCUGCAAAUAUGGACGUUGGAUAUCACGAAUCAUAAUGGAUAACUCUGGCGUCUGAGGAUAAGAUUCCGAUAUGAUUAUGUACGCUUCCUACUAGUAGG